AUGGCAGCAUUGCGUCAGCGUAGCUUGACAUGCGCUAUAGGGGCAAGGUCGUUCGCUGCCGAGCCAAGGAGGUUGCGGCUGAGCCUCGGUGCGGGCUGCAUCCCGAAGGUGGAUGGGCAGAAAGGUGAAGAUGCCUUCUUCGCCUCGUUGCCAAUCUCGGCCUUUGGCCUUGCAGAUGGUGUGGGCGGCUGGGCGGACCGAGGCGUAGAUGCUGGCCUUUUUUCCCGUGCCUUGCUUCACAGAGCUUUGGAGAGCAUGAGGCAACGCGCCAGCGCCAUGCAGCGCCCAGACCUUCCCGGCGUGGCGCUUGAAGCUUUUCAGGCUGUUCGAGAAAAGAGUCUCGAAGGCAGCUGCACGCUGCUUCUUGGGCAACUGCAGCAAGACGUGAUCUCGUUGCUAAACCUGGGCGAUUGCGGAAUCAUGGCAUUAAGGCCUUGUUCCAUUCUGCCUCGAUUCCACGGGGGCACCGUGACCACGAGCAUGCGCCUGCUCUACAGGUCUACGCCGAUGCUCCAUCGUGCAAAUAUGCCGCUGCAGCUGAGCUCGCAGGACCCGGACGUCUCAAGCCUCACCGAGUACUUCGACCUGGUCACGUUGAAGCUGAGGAGAGGCGAUGUGUUGAUUGCCGGGACAGACGGCCUCUUCGACAACAUCGGGGACUUGGAGCUCAAGUCCCUGGCGUUGGCGCACCACGAAAGUCGCACAGCGAGUAGCGCCGGAUCGACGCAGGACUUGGCCAAUGCGCUUCUGGCGCGGGCUGCCGAAGUGGCCCGCGCGCCUAUGGAGUUCGGGCCCGGUGGAAAGCUGGACGAUAUAGCUGUGGUACUGGCGGAGGUCCAAGACUCCUCGCCUGUCUCACCGGCGGGGUUGCUCUCAAACCUUGUGCAGGCUGAAGAGUGA